AUAUUGAUCGACCUGGAUCCGCAGUUCGCCUCUAUCCGAUUGCGCGACUUGGGGUGGCGCUUCGUGGAGACCGCGCCGCGCCACGACGCGACGCGACGCGACGCUUUUCGACGCUUAAACGCGCUAGCGUAGUCGCAACAACCACUGCGCCCGUUAACACCGCAUCGUCCUCCCUUACGUGGAAUCGUCCAGCGCCAUGCUGGUUGGUGGUGCCGAAAUCGGGAAAGAACGUUGUUUAAUCGACGACAGUUAAGGUGGCCUGCUGAAAUAUACGCAGGGGUAGAAGGGUUGAAGUGUCACUCUCUGCUCGUCGAGUUCCGGUUUCGUUGAACGGUUGAGUAUUCUGGACCGUCCUAUUAGUUGUGUACGUAUCGACGAGGAUUCGAAAGCAGCAGCUUCAAGAUUUUUUAUCAUUUGCUAGUUAAAUCGAUUUAAAGGGUUGAUUUUGACGUGAGUGCAUCCGGAAUGCAUGAAUCGUCAGUCCCUGCACGGUGACGUAAAAUUGACACGGUGUUCUCCUCGCACAGAAAGAUGAAGUCACGACACUGUGACGGAAGACACUGUUCAAAGCUGGACGAUCGUAUUUCCUCGUAGCAGAAUGUCAAAAGAAUUGAAUCUGAAAUUUUGAGCCACGUAUUACUUUGGCCAGUGGAUGUCUAAUCGUUUCAUAGGAGGCUCUGAGUUAUCUUUCGUACGUGACAGAGGACCAAGAAUACUCGUCGGUGUUUCAAGCGAAGUCGAAUGCGACUCCGCAAUUUGCAUCCGGUGCACAUUUUUACUGUAGGUGUAAGUUCGUGACACGGUAUGAAGCUGGACAGGAAGUAAAAAGGCAGCCAUACGUGGAAAACAUGGGGACGAAUCAGUUGAUAGUGGCGGCAAUUGUACUCGCGGUUGCCACCGUCUGUCGCGCGGAGUGCCAGACUCGUUCUGUUUACUGCUACGAAUGCGACUCGUGGACGGAUCUCAGAUGCAAAGAUCCAUUCAACUACACCGCACUUCCGAGGGAUCAACCACCCUUGAUGACUUGCAAUGGUUGUUGCGUGAAAAUGGUUCGCAACGCAAAGUCACCGUAUGAGAGCGUGAGGCGGACCUGCACGUCGCAGCUACAAAUAAACUUAUUCAUGGUGGACCACGUGUGCAUGAUGGAAAGUACCGGCACUGGUCACAUGUGCUUCUGUGAGGAGGAUAUGUGCAAUCGUGUCUCCCCGACCUCGUGUUCGAAUCCCGUACUCCUGUUGAUCCUGUCGAUCAUCCUUGUACUACGCUCGGUCAUCUUAGGGAGCCCAGCUUGCUUUGUAGAACGUUGCAAUGGUCAUGUCGUAUAACACUGAUUUUACUCGAUUCACCCCGCCAGUGGUUUGCGAUUCAUAUCCUCGUAGAAUUUUAGUUUUAGUCGGGGACUAGAACUAUCUUCGGGACGAACGAUUCUCUCUGUACAGACGCGUCUUUCUUUCCAACGUGAUAACGAGCGAGAGGUAAGAUAUACGUGUUUCGAAGAAGAAAAGAGGCUCGAUCGAUCCUUCGGUGAUUCAAAGAAGUUUUCAGAAAGAUGAGAAACUUAAUAUAUCGUUACAUAUCGAACGAUACUCUUUUCUUGUCGAAAGAAAAUUUUGCACUCUGUUUCGCUCAUCCCGAUCCUCUUCGGCGUAAUCGGUAGCGAAAAUUUUCGACAGUGUUUUUCUCUAGAUACAUCAUUCGACUCUAUCACUUUCACGAUUUAACCCCGCUCCUUUUGACGGCUCCUCGAUCGAGUAAAAUUUAUUCUCAUUAGCUUUGAAUGAUUUAUGCCUUCUUUUUAAUUGGUACCAGAGAACUUGUAGAUUGAAUUCUUGAAAUUGGAAAUGGAGGAAAGUAUGAAAUUCAUGCUUCACAGAAUUGAAUCAGCAUUUCUGAGAUGAUGUAGCUGUGAUUUUCUAUUUGACGAAGUAAUGCUGCAUGUAUUCUAGAAUUGAUCACCAAAUUACGAUCGAAUUUUAUUUCUCCCUUUUUAUUUUGAAAAAGCAUCGUUCUGUAGUUUUCAUAGGCACUUUGAUAACCGAAUCGAAUCGAUACCGAUACCCGCGGGGAACAUCAUAUAUCGACAAACAUUUUUCAAAUGUUUCUCAUCAAAGUUUCACUGGCUUGUUGUUUUUCUGUUUCACAUCAGAUUCGUGGUACAGGAUCGCGAAAAUACGUAGCUAUAAUACUUGCAACGUUGUUCGAUCAUUGCAAGAUCUAGGAGUUAAUGUGUUUUUAGCUGUAUCGAUUCACACAUUGUGCGCACAUCUUGCACUGGGAGUGACGGAUCUUCAAAGGAAAUCUUUAAAUGAGGAAGGAUGAUUUAAUCGAGGCACAGAGAGACACGAUGAAAAUCAUUCGGAUGCAUAGAAGUCGAUUGUUGGUGUCAUUCAAUAUUCUUGAAGUAUGUUAGUAAAGAUAACACAUUAUAUCAGUAUUUGAUAGAAAUUUGAUACACAAUGUUUAUACAACGAUUUCGAAACACGUUUUCGCAAAGAUACAGUAAUCUUUGGGAAAAUAAUUCUAUAAAAUUACUCGUUAAGAGUUUUUCAAUUAAAAAAAAUUGAAGAUUAUAAAAUGCACAGUAUGCGACAUUCGAUAUCUAUGCACGUACCUUGAUUAUUAAUUAAUCAUUCUAUUUGUAGAAAAUUUUAGCGUCUCCAUCACACUGUCUCUUUCUCUCUCUCUCUCUCUCUCUCUCUCUCUGUUUCUCGUAACACGUUUGUAUCGUACGUUUUCCUGUUCUUUAUCACUAAUGUCCCGUAUUACGUUUAUCCAUUUGCCAUUCUUAACGAGACACUAGUGUUUCGUGCCUCAUGCACCAUACGAAAGUGAAACGGGAAUGGCCCAUAGUACACGGAGCUUAAGGUAGACAACAGUUAGGCAUGGUUUCAGCAUGUCCAUCCGACGGCAACGUCACGAAAACUAAAGCAGCAACUUCGGAAGCCGAGCAUCAACAGCCAGCAUUUUCGAAUUCUACGUUCCUCGACUUUGCUUGCGCGUGUGCCUUACGAGAAACGAUAUUACCAUUUCAAAUGGCGCGAGUUUAAAGGUAGCCAUUUUAGAAUUGAAUUUAUCUCUUUUUAGCUUGUCUUUGAAUUUUUCAAGGAUAAAAUGUAAUUAAAAUAGGGGUGAUACAGUUUGUCAUUUUGAAGGGUAAUAUUGUAACAGAAGCUUGAACCACCCAUAUAAAAGUACCAUUUCCUUGGAGAAUUAAAUUUUCAUGAAAUUUUCAUGAAUUAAUUGAAAGUUGGUGGCAGCUUCUGUUGGAUCAAUCAUCGAAAGACACACGCGCGUGUGUGUGUGCCAUUGUAGAAUUAGUGAGUUCUGCAAUCACGUAUUUAGCAGAAGUGUGUUCACACGUAGACAGGUGCGAAUUUGAGUGCAUGGAUUGUAGCACUUUCAGUAAUAACGCGUCGAGAGUCAUGACAGAGGGAAAAGAAUAAAGAAAUAUUUCUAAACUAAUUAUUCCAUAAAUUCCUUCGUACAUUACAAUUAGAAAUUUGUUUCUUCUGUCCAAUGACUUUCGACCCGGCGUGCAACACUUUGCAUGACACUUGCAUGAAUCUGUUGUUAGUACUUUUGCGAAAGAUAAAGGAUUCCAAGCCCGUAGCUGUUGUUUCGAAAGAGAAGAAUCCUGAAAUUUCAAUGUUUCCUUAAACUUUCAACGAAGUGUCUUUGUUAAAAUCGGAUUCAGUUUCUCGAUCGAAGUUCGGCUGAGAACUAACAAACCCGAACACGAAACCCUCCACCCUGACGAAUGCAACGCGAGGCAGAUCGAACUAACAAAGCACAACGUGGGCCUUCAGCUUCGAACGUGCCACGCCAAUCGCGCAUAAGUAAACGCGUUCCGUUCGAUCGCUUUCAGGCUUACGAUAAUUGCGAUCGCGAGGAUUUCGCGGGGCACGCAACGAGGAUAUCGUUCGAAGAAAGCGACGUUGACUCGCUCGAUGGUACUCGUGAACCGAGCUUUCGACCACGCGAUUGACUGGAGGAUACGGCUGGCACGGCCAAGUUGAACGCGCAUGUCCUCACAGAGAGGCUUCAUCUUCGAAGCCUCUUGCCAAACAAGCUUCGGUGCUUGCGAUGAAAAGCGAGUUAACCGGUAGUUUCUCUGGCAAGCCAUGCGGCUCGUGUCGCGUCAUUUGUUCAUUGUCGCACGCGCGGCUGCGAGGCUACUUCUGUCGAAUCCAUUUUUCUCGCGUUUACUAUUAUUAUUCUGCUCCUUUUAUUUCCGACAUGCCGUCGUGCGGCCGACCAACCAUUGCCUGUUGUAAGAAAAAAUUCCAUUCGAAAUUAACAUUAACCCUUCCUGGUGGAUCUUGCUCGUCGAAAACGCAACAGGCACAUUAGGGACGCUGCAACGGUGGCGCUGAAUCAGCAUGUGACACGAGUGAAUCUCAUUUUUAAGUUUGGCCUCGCAGCUGGAUAGAAUCCACGUAUUGCUACCGAUACCGAGUACCAUGCGAAAUAGUGGCGGAUUUCAAACAGUUCGAUCGAGCACGAUUUGGAUCUGAUACGUGAGAAACUGCUACAAACGCGUCGUAUCUAUGUGACAUUUUUUUAUUCUAUUUUUCAGCAUGCUUUAUAUAUUGUCAGAUGUCGGAUCUGUUCGUCUCGAUCGAGACUAUUUUAUGAUUUAAAAAAAAAAAAAAAAAACUGGCUCGAUAUUUUAAUUUUUUUUUUUUUUAUUCUCUUCUGUUCGCCUAUUUACACAAGCGCUUGCAUAAGAGUCGAGCAGAUUAUCAUCGAUGUAUACAAUUUGUUUGUUAAAGAUCAAUGUUUAUAUUGCGCCGAGAUAUCAACCUAUGUAUCGAUAUGCUCUAUACUUUUAUCUCGAUGUUGGUGAGCAUUGGUAUAUGAUGAAUAUUUAACGAUGCAAGUGUCAAGAACCCAUCUGUCUUUGCGUGUCGAUGUGUAUCGAUUGUGUGUCGUUGCCCCGGGAUGUUAAUGACCCAUUGAUUCUUCGUUUAUGUCAUUUCGAUUGAUUUUAAGACGAUUCUAGAGUAUACUUGAUGGCAUGAAAUGAUGUUUCGAUGGUUAAAGUAGCGUUUUAAGCAGCACGUAAAUUCGUCCUCUCCCAUAUUGCUCCAAACGGACACGAUUUAUCUCAUCAAAGGAUCAACGUCUUCUGAUUCCUUGAAGAUGAUCUUAUUGUUCCAAACGAGGACAAACCGAAGAGAUAGGUAUCUAGUUCGUAAGAAAAUGGAAAUUAAUCAUUGGCUGUCUCGUUCAAUUAUCGCGUAUUGGUUUAACCCUUUGCACGUUCCUGUUAAAUAUCAACUAAUUAAUGAACAAUAAAUAAUUUACAUAGAAGUAGAUCAUUAAUUCAUGAGCUUCUGCGUAAGAAAAUUAACGCUUAAGCUUUUUAACCGCGGCAAAGGGUUAAACAAACCGAUUCGAUUCGACGAAAUUUGAAAAUUUUCAAUUUUUCCUUGUUGAAACGACUUUUUAAUAUUGUUAUUGGAACCUUCUGCGAGGAGAAGAGAACAUAAUCGCAGGUGAUAGAGUAAAAUAAUUUUCCUUAAUGCACAUAUCGUUGCCUUCGCGUAAUAAUAAUUUUUCGAUAAUAAUAGGAUUAUUGAAGCUAACGUUGGAUAGUUAAGCGCUGUUUAAUGGUAAGCGUGAUAGUAAGAAUGUCGAAAGAAUAAAGAUAUAAAUCGAGGGUACGAAAGCUUUGAGAGUGUUUAUUGAGACGAAAGCUAUUGAUAAAGAAUUAUUUGCCCUAGUGUUUAUUAAUUUUUUACCAGAUGUAGUGUGAUAGCGGUAACAAAGACCAUGGUUAUAGUGUUAAGCAGUGCUUAGCUAUAAUUGAAAUGAUCACAUUUCGAAGCGUUAAUGUUGAACACGUAGUGUUAAUCAAGUACCUUGGUACAUAUGUGACGGUGAAUUUUUUUCAUUGAUCGUUGAGAAGCAUGGGUAAUUAAGAUUUAAAAAAAAAAGAAAAUGGAAAUCAUAUUCCGUGUCAUUUAUUCUUCUAACAAAAUUAUCAAAUCAUUAGGGUUUAAACCUUAAAUUAACGUAAAGGAGUGCGUGGAAAUUUUGAGGAAAAAUAACGGGAAUCUUUCUAAAUUCUGGCAAAUAAUAUGGUAUAUUAUCCAUGCAAAUGUUGAAAGUAUUAUUUAAAGGGUACGAUGCAAUAUUGCUCCAGUUACGAAUAGAAAUGUUUAAGAAACGGUAUAUGAAUGUUAUAAAACAUUAUUCAAAAUUAGGAGGAAGCGCACGGUUGUAUGGGCAUAUUUUAAUUUAACGAUUGUUGAUACGAUUAAAAAAUAAUGUAUUGUACCGUCGCGAUUUUAUUGUUAAAGGCGAGUAUAAUAGAGUACCAGAUGCAAAAAAAAAGUGAUACUUUGUUGACUUACCUCAAAUAUACAUGUAUGUGUACUUACAUAUACGUUUCUCCCUUUUUCUUAUGUCACUUCGAAGGAAUUAUAAACAGAACCACUGAUAAAGUUAGCUGACUACCAUAGGAUAAAUUGUGUUUGGGAUACAUUUUUUCAGAUAUUGGAAAGAAUGAUAACUGUGGCCUAGAUUGGCCUGACCUAUUGUCAUGUCGUAUCGUGAUUCACAAUAAAAUUUAUAUAUUAAUGAA